GAUGGCCGCCGAUGUGGGAUCGAUGUUUCAAUAUUGGAAGCAAUUGGAUCUGCGCCGGCUGCAGAAGGAGCUUAAUUCUGUUGCUUCCGAACUGGCUGCUCGGCAGGAAGAGAGUGAACAUUCUCAUAAACAUUUAAUUGAACUCAGCCGGGAAUUUAAGAAAAAUGUACCUGAGGAAAUCAGAGAGAUGGUGGCUCCUGUCUUAAAGAGCUUCCAAGCAGAGGUGAUUGCACUUAGUAAAAGAAGCAAGGAGGCUGAGACGGCUUUCCUCAGUGUUUACAAGCAAUUAAUUGGAGCACCAGACCCCGUUCCUGUCCUGGAGGUGGCGCAGAGCUCAGAAGAGAGGCUGCAGCAGGUCCAGUGCCUCGACCCUGAGAACCCACCCCUGAAGGAGCUCAACAGGCAACGGAAGAAGCAUCCAGAGCUCCUUGGCACCAAAGAGCAAAGAGGGGGAACGUCUCCAGCUGGGCUCACGGUGUCGGAGGGAGCCAGGCUCACCAGCGUCAACAGCAAAGCACUUUUCACAGACACCUUGCUGCAGAGAAAUGAAGCCGAAAAACAGAAGGGACUACAGGAAGCACAGAUCACUUUGGCGGCUAGGCUGGGGGAAGCAGAAGAAAAGAUCAAAGUGCUACAUGCAGCGCUAAAGGCGACCCAGACGGAGCUGCUCGACCUGCGGUGUAAAUAUGAUGAAGAGGCGGCUUCAAAGGCAGAUGAAGUAGCAAUGAUCAUGACAAACCUUGAAAAAGCCAAUCAGCGAGCGGAGGCAGCCCAGAGGGAGGUGGAGAGUCUGCGGGAGCAGCUCGCAUCUGUAAAUAGUUCCAUUCGCCUGGCCUGUUGCUCUCCACAAGGACCCAGCGGGGAUAAAGUGAACUAUUCGCUGUGCUCAGGGCCCAGGCUCGAGGCUGCGCUGGCGGCAAAGGACCGGGAGAUUCUUCGACUCCUCAAGGACAUUCAGCACCUCCAGAACUCUCUGCAAGAGCUGGAAGAGUCCUCCGCCAACCAGAUUGCGGACCUGGAGCGGCAGCUCACGGCCAAGAACGAAGCGAUCGAGAAGCUGGAAGAAAAAUUGCAGGCCCAGUCUGACUACGAGGAGAUUAAAACGGAGCUGAGCAUCCUGAAGGCCAUGAAGCUGGCGUCUGCUAACUGCAGCCUUCCCCAGAGCAUAUCGAAAUCGGACGAGGCGCUGCUUCUAGACAAAGACUCUUUCUAUCCAUCCCAGAAAUACCUUUUGGAAAAGCCAAAUCUCUUAGCCAACACUGAGGAGGAUCAUUCUGAGGACGAGUUGGUGAAGGAUUCCAUGGGCACGGACCAGUCCUACCCCUCUCCCCAGCAGCUCUCUCAGCCCCCCGGGGAAGACCCUGCCUCCCCUAGCCCCCUCCAGCCUCUGCUGGGCUCCACCAUGGCCCAGGAAGCCCAGAGGACUUUCUCGUUGUCCCCUUUCCCCAGCAUGGCUGCGGGCGAGCGGCUGCCGACGGACGCCUUGCUCCCCAAGCAAAUGGUGCCGCCAGCGUACAAGAGCGAGAACGGCAGUGUGCUGGCCUUCCCCUCCCCCUUCUACACGGCCAAAGGCCCCCCGCUGCCCACCAACCCCAGCCACACUGCCCCCGCCAGCGACUCGAGCCCACCCAGCGACCAGUCGGAAGGCAACAGCGCCAGUUCGGCCGACGAGGAGCAGUUGGACACGGCCGAGAUCGCCUUCCAAGUCAAGGAGCAGCUGCUGAAACACAACAUCGGGCAGCGCGUCUUUGGCCAUUAUGUCCUGGGGCUCUCGCAGGGCUCCGUCAGCGAGAUCCUGGCCAGGCCCAAGCCCUGGCGCAAGCUGACGGUGAAGGGGAAGGAGCCGUUCAUCAAGAUGAAGCAGUUCCUCUCCGAUGAGCAGAACGUGCUGGCGCUGAGGACCAUUCAGGUGCGCCAGCGAGGUAGCAUUACGCCGAGGAUUAGAACUCCAGAAACCGGCUCUGACGAUGCCAUCAAAAGUAUCCUGGAACAAGCGAAGAAGGAGAUUGAGUCUCAGAAGGGAGGUGAAACCAAGAGCUCGGCUGCUCCCCAGGUGGUCACUAACGGCAACAGCAACUCGGAAGAGGCCAUUAAAAGCAUCCUGGAGCAGGCCCGGCGGGAGAUGCAGGCCCAGCAGCAGGCCCUGCUGGAGAUCGAGUCCGGCAGCAGGCCCAUGGCCACGCCGCGCACGGAGCGCUCCACCUUGGCCGCCGUCAGCCAGAACAUUGUCCAGGCCUACAUCAAGCAGGAGGAGGGGACGCUGGGCACCAGCUCCAGCUCCACACAGACCCCCCUGACGGUGCUCUCCCCCGCCGCCUUCGUGCAGAGCAUCAUCCGCAAGGUCAAGUCGGAGAUCGGCGAUGCCGGCUCCUACUUCGACCAGCACUGGGCGUCGGAGAGGAGCCUGCUCAGCCGGCCCUACACCUCGGUGUCGCCCUCCCUCUCCUCCUCCUCCAGCUACUCCAGCCUGGCCAAUGGGCGGGCCUGGCCGCGGGGGGAGCCCAGUGAGGAGGAGCUGGCUGCGGGCGAGGAUGAGCCCCACAAGGCUGUGGAGAUGAAGUCUGAAGGGGCCAGCACGGAGCCGCAGAGCACCGGCCGCCUCUCCUAUUACCCGGCAUACGUCCCGCGCACCCUCAAGCCGACCGUCCCGCCGCUGACCCCGGAGCAGUACGAGAUGUAUAUGUACAGGGAGGUGGACACCCUGGAGCUGACCAGGCAGGUGAAGGAGAAACUGGCCAAGAAUGGAAUCUGCCAGAGGAUCUUCGGGGAAAAGGUGCUGGGCUUGUCUCAAGGAAGCGUGAGUGACAUGCUGUCCAGGCCCAAACCAUGGAGCAAGCUGACCCAGAAAGGCCGGGAGCCAUUUAUCAGGAUGCAGUUGUGGCUCACCGAUCAGCUUGGCCAAGGGAUCAGCCAGCAACCAAACCCGCCGCAGGCCAGCCCUGGGGAGACCCAGUCUUCCCCCUCCCCACCGCCCAGCCCUUUGGAGCAAGACAAAAGCCCCCCAGAGCCACUCACUCUAACUCUGGAGAGCAGCAAAGAAAAUCAGCAACCGGAGAGCAGGUCGGCCUCGUCACUGAGUGGGAAGAUGUGUCCCAACAGCCAAGCACCCGUGGGCAUCCAGGAAAUCGUCGCCAUGUCGCCCGAACUAGACACGUACUCCAUCACCAAGAAGGUCAAAGAGGUGUUAACGGACAACAAUCUAGGCCAGCGGCUGUUCGGGGAGAGCAUCCUGGGCCUGACGCAGGGCUCGGUUUCCGACCUCCUCUCCAGACCCAAGCCGUGGCACAAGCUGAGCCUGAAAGGCAGGGAGCCCUUCGUCCGCAUGCAGCUCUGGCUCAACGACCCUCACAACGUCGACAAGCUCCGCGACAUGAAGAAACUGGAGAAGAAAGCUUAUCUGAAGCGUCGCUAUGGGCUGAUCAGUGCCAGCUCUGACAGCGAGUCUCCCAACACCCACUCUGAGUGCACCAGCCCCAGCCUCCAGCCCCAGGACCUCGGCCUUCUCCAGGUCAAAAAGCCCCGGGUGGUCCUAGCUCCAGAAGAGAAGGAGGCCCUGAAGAAGGCCUACCAGCUGGAGCCAUACCCGUCCCAACAGACCAUCGAGCUGCUCUCCUUCCAGCUGAACCUCAAGACCAACACAGUCAUCAACUGGUUCCAUAACUACAGGUCCCGGAUGCGCCGGGAAAUGCUGGUGGAAGGGGCCCAAGACAACGACACAGACCUGGAGCCGAGCAGCUGUGGGAGCAGCAAUUCACACAGAGUCCCCAACCCGCUGAGCCCGGAUUCGGAGGGGGAGGACAGGAAGCCCGUCUUCAGAGACACGAAGCACAGAGGGCCGAGCGAGACCCUGAUCAGGGUCAAGCAGGAGCAGAUGGAGGCGGGGGAGAAGGGCGACUGUUACAAUCACCGGGACUCUUGCAGCCUGGAGGGGGAGACGGAGCACAUGGUGGCCUCCAUCCAGCAUCCCCGACUUCUCAAAGAAGAGCAGGUAGAUGCCGCCUGUGCGGAGGCCGCUCAGGACGCUCCCCAAAGCACUGCCAGUCUCACCAGGAGCAGCGCUUUGUACACCACCGCGCACGCCGCUGGCACUCCUGACUGCUCUGCCCUUCAUCCACCCCAGGAAUUGGAAGGUGGAGAGCGGCUGCACCCUGACCCCAUUAGCUUUAAAUCCACCUCGGAGUCCUCCCGCUGCAGCCUAGAGGUCUCUCUGAACUCGCCCUCAGCUGCCUCCUCUCCGGGCCUCAUGAUGUCCGUCUCGCCAGUCCCGUCCUCCUCUGCUCCCAUCUCUCCGUCACUGCCAAACACCACCUCCGCCAAGGUGCAGAGUUCAAGUCCUGCCGCCGAUACGGGCUCUUUACAGCAGAGUGUCAAGCUGAACACGAACAUCCAGCGGAGACACGAGAAAAUGGCCAACCUCAACAACAUCAUCCACAGGCUAGAAAAGGCAGCUAAUCGGGAGGAAUCCCUGGAGUGGGAAUUCUGAACGGCUGGGCAGCGGCUGAAGAACAAGGAUCUGAUUGGUUGCUUUCGUUGGUGACAAUUAUAAACUUUCUGGAACACGUUGAUGGAACAGGGAGCCCUACUGGCGUAUAUAUAUAAAUAUAUAUCUAUUUUGUUAAUUUCAUCACAUGCUGAGGACAAAAGAAAAACCCAUUUGGUUAAUAAGAAAGGGAAGGAAAAACAGCACGCAGCUUCUGAAUCUUCACGCCUGAUGAAAGGGAACAAAAAAUAAAACCUGAGCUUUGUUUUAAAUGUGAAAAAAAAACUGGGAACACUUUUAGAAAAAAAAAAUAUUUAUAGACCUCUUUUAGAUAUUUUAAUAAAAGGAUACUUUGGAAUUUAUUAACAGCGUAAGCUGUUUUGAUAUUAAAGAUAGCUAUAAAAUCAAGAUGAUGUAGCAGUUGUGUCAUUAAAUGUACACUGAAGUCUUGUAGUUUGCCACUGGAAGAGAUUAAAAAAAAAAAAGACUUAUUGAUCAAAGCCAUCGAGAAGCACUAUAAGACUGACCAAAUUUAAUAAACUUUUGACUAGCGGUUUUUCCACAUUUGUCUGUAAGACACUGCAUUGCUACUCUCCUUUCCAGAGACUGUGGUAUAGUCCAUGAAGACUCUAAAUUGAAACCCUUGAUGCCAUCGAGUAUGUAUUUAGUUCUGGUGGUAUGUUUUGAACCCUUUGUAACACAGAAUGUCACGUGCAGUUGUAUAUGUUGUAGAAAAUGUCUGCAAUAGCCUUCCUGAACAAGCUGUAGCAUGGUCCAUAACCAAGUCCUUCCACUUCCUCUAGUGAGUAACCCGUGACAAACCGAAGUGAACGAAACCAUUUCAGCGGUUGGCGGCAAAGCUUUCUGUCCGUUUGAAAAACAAACAAAAAAAAUGAAAUAACCCAUAUCUCUGAUUUUGGGAGGGAGAAGGAAAAGGUUCACGGGUGCAAAAUGUCUUUUGACGUAUCUGGUUUGAUGGUAACGUACGUUAACAAUGAUCAUGACAUCGCAAGAUAUUUUUUUUUUAUGCAUGAGCCUCACCUCCUUUGGUGAGUGGGCGUCGGCCAGCAGGACACCUUAACUCUGAGCUUUCAAUGCCAGUGCUUGGGGGCGAGCACUCAAAAAAUAUAAACCACUGGCUCACAUCCGGAGUCGGAAUCUGUUUGGUUUUACCUUAGGCAGUUCCAGCGUUUGAGGCAGAAGCACCUUUAUGUUGCUAGAUUUUGGGCUCUAGGAAGAGCGCCAAGGAAUGAGGAUUAUCCUCCAGGUUUGAAUCCGUCGACAGCAAAUGGCUUUCUUUAUAUGUUAUGGCUUCUGCAUGUCAAAUAGGUCCUCAGCUGCUAUAUACAGCAACACUUGGUUGAAGUUACAGACUAAGGCCAAGCGCCUUCCCCCCGCACUGAGUGAAGGGUAUAAACCCUGGACAGUAGAAAGGCAGUGCUGCAGCAGUUAGGGGCACUUGCUUCCACCCCACCCCCACUUUGCAGUGGGCGCCGUUACAACAAAUUCGCCCUCUGGUACCCGCAGUAUCUUCCCGUGCUUAGAUAGGAGGUCCUUGAUAAUCUACCGGGGUCCUGAUUCAGCAAAGCCCUUUUAAGCACAUGCUUUGACUUCAGUAAGGCCUAAGCACGCGUGUGACGUUACACGUCAGUGUUUUGCUGAACUGCGGCCUUCGGGCCUGGUCCAGAGCUCACUGAAGCAUGCAGGAGUCUUACCAUUGAUUUCUGAGGGCUUUGGAUCAGGCCUUCAUUACAGAGAGGCACGUGCUGAGUUAUCAGCCAUCGGACCAGGCAUUUUAGCAGCGUCAGUGGCACGUGUAUCUCUGUGCUGUUGAAUUGCCCCUGCGAUGGAUUUUUCCCCCAUUCUCGCAGCUAAAGACUCUUGAAUAGACCAAGAUCUAUCUUAACCCAUGCCAGUGAUCAAGCCCCGGCUAACGCAAUGCCUUUCAAAGAAGACUGGUUUAAAUGAAUUGUUUUGGUUUGUUCAGUGCUGGGUGGGGGCUUUUAACAGCCUUUGGCAAGGACCAGAAUGCAGCAUG